GGGGAGUGGAUGGGAGCCGUGCCAGGGGAGAGGGUGGGGAAUUGAAAAACACUGUCCCUCUUAAAACAAGCUGGGCAAUUUGGCCAUCAACAGAGCAGCAAGGACGCCUACCUGGGGAAAGCAUUCAACUUCUCCAUACUAGUAAAGUUGUGGAACCAGACCCAAUGAUGGCCUACUGGGCUGAGAGUCAGGGGCAGUCACCUGUUUAUGCCAAAUAUUGUACAGUACCUGGACCAAACUGUACACACAUGUACCAUGACAGACAUAAGGCCACGUAUCUCCCUUUGCCUCUCUGUGACCAGCGAGAGCCCAGCUGCUGGACUGUACCAGGAUCCAGGACAGGAGGCAUCCUGCACGACUACACCAACUGGACCAACCCAGACCUGGCCGCCCCCGCCGCCUCCCACUUCCCUUUCGGGCUCGACAACCCAAACAAAGACCGCCCUCAGCCUCAAGAGACGAGAGGAGGGGAACGGAGAGCAGGAGGAUACAGAGGGGCACCAGAGAGAGAGUAUGAGUUAGGGAACCCAAACGAAGGGUGGCAGAGGAGGUGGGAGCCCGGCAGCAGCAGUAGCAGUCUGAGUGACAGCAGCUACCGGGAGUUGCAGGCCUGGGCAGCUCGGUACAGCCACUCCCUUCCUAGGAGGCGACGGAUGGGUGCCGAGAUGAAGGGUGCCUUCCAGGAAGCCCCUGAGACUAGUAGGACCCUGGGGAGGGUCAACAGGCAUGCACCGGACCCUCACAUGGCAGCGCUGCAGAGGUCAGAGUCGUAUUCGGGUCCCCGAGGCCCGAUGGGGGUCGGAGGUCACCAGAAGACAAUGACGAACAACCCCUUACCGGUAUGUCCUCCUGAAAGCACCAUGGAAAGGAACAAUUACCAGAGAAUGAGGUUUAGCCAACCCCCUGGCUACAUAGGCCCGCCUGCAUAUGAUGGCCAACAUAACAGAUCACCUGGUAUGCAGUACCACAACACAUUUGGUACAGACCAGCAAGCUAAAAGAAACACAUCCUUUUUAAAGUCAACACAACCCAAUCAAAACAUGUCUAGCGAUUUGCAAGACAUAAGAGGAGGAAAUAAGGAGAAGGACACUAAAGAGUCCCAGAAGCAAAGAUCUGCCUUGGACUCUAAUUCUUACGAGGAUCGAAUUCAAGCGACUAAUACUUUAUGGCAGAAUCAACCGAUUUAUUCACAGCCCACUCAGGUUCAACCCGUCAGUCACUCGUCUCCACGUGAGGUCCAGGAAUCAAAGCCAACCGAGGGUAUAAGUUCAAAUGUAAUUGAAGGACGGACAUUUAGAUUAAACCAGAGGACAGGUGGAGCAACCAUAUUUUGCUUGGUCUCGCGAAUGUGUGAAACUAAAUCAGAGACAUUGAGAGAAAAUGUAGAAUCCAAAGCUGUGCCACAUUGUACCAGAAAAUCUAACAGUGAAAGCUCGGAAUUAGGGGGGAUUACUAAGGGUUUAAUGGAUGACAAUGACAUCAUCCACAGAAUGACUAAACUUGCAGAUGAGGUGGACUUUAAUGUAGAAAAUCUGUCAAAGAUCCCAGUCGAACAUACUAUUCCCAGAAAGAAUGGAAAAGACACAGUUGGUUUGGUGGAGAGCCAGGAAGCUGCGGGACACAAAAUAGAGUCACAAACAGGCUGUAGUUUAGCAAAUCAGACGCAUUUACAAUCAACCACAGAAAAAGAUGGUGUAGGUGAUGUAAAUCCUGUAGUUGGACCACAGGUAGGACAGACAUCACCACUCAGAUUCCCACUGUGGAGGGAGCCUGGAUACACAGCCAGGAUGGACAAGAAUAGUUCCCUCCGAUGUAGAGCUCUGGUCAACAACAGUCCAACAAGCAAGAGUACAGACAUUUGUGGCCGUCCUAUUGACAUUGAGGUUAGGCGAUUUGAGAUAAAGGAAGAUGAAAAAGCAGAGAGCUGCGGAGGUCAACUGGUAAUCGACACUACCAGUGUACUAGUCAGAAUGGAGUUGAUUCCCUCUCCUAAGAAGGAGCAUGUUAAUUAUUUAUUCCACCCCCCAUACAAUCCUCCUAAUGUAGACACAGGCCUCGUUGAAGCUAUCCAAACCCAGGUUAACCCCUUCCCUGCACCUGAUGAACCUGAACCUCCGACUGACCGAGAGGAAGGAGACCCAACAGAUCUAACACAUGAAGAUUUCUUGAAGGCAGAGGAACUGCAGCCUGAAAAAGCAAGUGACCUCUGUCUCCCCUGCCUGCCUCAGAUUUCCCCUCCUGAAAAGGAGACGUUGACGGCGCGUGCUGAAAGGAUCCUGGGAAUCCCUUUGCUUGACAGCAACACCGAGCUGACAUGUGAGGAGACUGUAACAGUUCCUGACCUGUGUAGUGAGAAUGAACAACAAAAUGAACAGGAACCAUCCCCACUAGCUUACAACAUAACGGAUGUUUUGUGCCUUACCGAAGGGAAACAAAAAGAGAUGGUGACACAGUUACCUGAUGACCCCGCAGAUGAGAGUGAGAGUGAGUUUGUGCAAGAUAUAAAUAUCCCCCAAGAUGUAUUAGACACAGAACAUAAUGAAGAUCCUGAAAUCCUGCGGGAUGGAAAGCCAGAAAUAUCAGACUGCCCUGAUUCAAAAGAGGACGUCAUAGAAGACCGGGAAUCUCAAGAUGUAGAACCUCUGGGAAGCAGUGUGUUACAUGAACAAGUAUUUCAAAAAGACGGUCAGGAAGAGAGCACAGAGGAAAACAAUCUACCCAAUGAAAACAAUGCUUGUUCUUCCACUCCAUCUGACCCCUCCGAUUUACAACCAGAGUCACCUCCUGAUUUCCCAUGUCACAUCCAGCGUAAUUCUCUUUCCUGUGAGUCAGCCACAGAAACAGUUCCUCCUUCCUUGUUCAUCAAUGAUGCCUCAGAAAAUCCAGAAACCUCAACCCAUAGUCCUCAGAGACCAUGUUCAUCGACAUCCAUUGAUGCAUCUCCUCCUCCCUGUGAAUACAUUCUAUUUCCGUUGCCCAUCACGUCCACGCCUGAACACCCUUUCCUGAAUCUCCAUUGUCUCGAUUCAUCGGUUCACCCGGAAGAUUCAUCUUCUGCUAUUGAGGCAUGUGAAAAGGUACACGAGUUGGAUGACAGUUUGCAGCUUACAAAUAAUGACAUCACUGAUAACACUAAUGAGCGCCUCUUUGAAGACAAUACAGGAGAACCAGGGUUCUGUGACGAGAUUGCAGCAUGCCCAAAAGACAGAAUCAAAGAUCUAGUGCAGCCGACAAAAGAAAAUAUCAAGGAAGUUACAGAGCUGGAGGAACAGACUGCCAGUUCUGAAGACCACACCACUGACUUUGAGUCACUAACAGAGGUCAACAGUCUGCAGAAACUCACAAUCACAACUGAGCCCCUCUUUGAAUCAUGCAGCCAGAGGGAAACAGAGGGAACCGGAGAUGAUGCGUGCCCUCAAUCUGUCAUUCAUUGCCUCGACCCAUCAAUAGUCAUAAAACACACCGUUGACCCCCAAUGUUCUCCUCGUGCUUCUGAAAUGAUGCCCUCUCUGUCAGAUGUUUCUGACCUUAACAGUGAGCCAGCUCUGCAAACUGACUUGACUUCCCCAUCUGUUUCAGAAAACAAAGCCCUUCACUCUGAACCCUUUCUAUCUGACAUUUCAGAAAUCUCCCCCUCUGGUUGUUUGGAAUCUAACACACCCCUACUAUUUCUGCCCUCUGCACCCUUGGAAUGCUCUCAUGGUUUCCCCCCUCAUCCAGUAGAAGAGGACACUGAACCACUGGAGCUUCCAAAUACCAUGAAAGACACAGGGGAGUCCCAAUAUCCCAGGUCCCUAUGGGAUGCAGUGAACCGCAUUAGAAAACACACAGCACCUGACUCUGAGAAUGAAGAUGAAGAGGUGAGUGAGCUGUGGGACCCCCAGAACGCAAUCGAACACUUGGCUUCUAUAGAUGAUGAGGGGGAUAUGGAAUCUGAGGACAUAGGGUUUCCUAACACUGAGGGAAUUGGGAAAGCAAUAGUGUCUUCCACUGAUCACGAUAGUAGCGAUACAGAAGAGGAGCUCGUCCUUGAUGGAACAACGCUACUGGAAGAGCCGGAGGAGGAACCGUUGGAGGAUGCAACAGUAGGACUGAUGCCAGAAGAUGGACACCAGGAGGCAGGUCUCCAGGAUGAAGACACAUUGUCCUGCAGCCACAUAAACAGACAAGAUUUGGAGGAAACUGCUGUAAAUAGUGCUGAGCAGGUUGAGGAGAAGGAGGACUUUGACAACAACCCUGAACUCGUGAAGGAGCAGGAGACAACAAAUAACAAGAUCACCUUGGAUGAGGAGGAGAAAGAUAUAUGUGAUGACAAAGUCGAGGAAGGUUUAGUUGAGAAUGAGGAGGGUGGACGAGAUGAGACGGACACAAACCAUGCAUCUGUCUUAUCUCUGCCAUUGGGAUGUGACGAGAUUGCAGAUUGCCCAAAAGAAAGCAUCAAAGAUCUAGUGCAGCCGGCAGAAGGAAAUAGCAAGGAUCUUCCAAUGCUUGAGGAAAAGAUUGCCAUGCUAUCUGUUCCUCCUGUGACUGAUGUAGUACAAGGGGUGACAGAGUGAGGUUUGCUGAUGUGGAUAUGAACUGAACAGUUUGAUUUAAAUGAUAUUAACAAAGUUACUCAUUCAGAACUUUAAAUUAAUUUAUAGAUUGGUUACAUUGGUGGAAGUGGUAUGCCUUAAUAAUUCAUUCAUUCACUAUUGCUCUAAUUCCGUUGAAUGCUUAUCUGUUAUUAAUCUUUAAAGAUGUUAUCUGUGCAUUGCCUUUAUCAUUGUUUUUCAUCCAUUCAUGGUUUUGAUGUUGUGAAAAUCAUAAUACAUACUUGAUUCAUGUUUUAAUAUUGAAUCGUUUUUGAUCCAUUUUUAAAGAAAUAAAGAAUUCUCAAAUGCA